AUGUGGGCACUUUCACCGUUUGCAACGUUGUACAAUUCGAUUCAAAAUGGUAGUUUAGAUACAGGUUUAUUCGACAGUUUGGCGGUUGAUCUCAAGGCUUUGAACCUAUGUAGCAACGCCAGGAAGGAUGCCAAUAAGAGGAAGGAGUUGGAAUCUGGUCAAAUUAGACUUUCUGAUGGGUCAGAAUACAAGUUAAACCAAGAAUUUAUAAUAGAAGUUAUCAAGAUUUCCGAUGAGCUAGAUUUUGAUGAGAUUGCAUGUGCUGAGCAAAUACUUACAGCAGAAGAUUCGUCAGAAGGCUUUAACCAGGAAUUAUCAUUGCAUAACAAGGGUUUGUUGGUGUACUACUUGAGAAGACAAUAUGUUUUGCAAAUAGUGGCUUAUAUUCUUAAUGCAUUACCGUCAACGGAUGACGUUUUUGAAAAGUUGACUAGCGAUGGAACUCUGUGUAACAAUGUUAUCGAAGCGUUCAAUUCCAUCCAUAAAGAGUUGGAAGACAUUAAAGCUUUGAUCAAUAAGGCCCAAAUUCUUGAUAAUUAUGAUGUUAUCUUCAAGCAAAAUGUGACUUUUAGAAGAGACUUUCUCAUAAAGGAAUACGAUACAUUGGGCACUAUUCUAUUUGGACUAUCCAAGAAAAAACUUCUUUCCAAGAGGCCAAUAUUGCAAAAGUUGAUUGACCAUGUCUCUAUGUUGGAUUCAGAUAACUUCUUUAUUGUGUUUUACCUGCCUGCUUUGGUAAGCACUUUGCAGAACUUGGAAUCUUUCUCUAGCGAGGACGUUCAGGCAUUACACUCGCAAUUUGUAAAGGAUCUUGAGUCCCAAGCUAUCUACACAAAACCAACGAAGGUGGUUCUUAUCUUUGUCUUUUUGACAUUUUUCAUUGGUUGGUGUAAAGCUGAACCAAACACCCGGGCCAAGAAAUAUGAUUUUGCAACAGCAGUAGAUGCUCCUAUGACAUUGGCGGUUGAACUAGGUGCUAUCGAACAGUUAAUGGUAUUUGCUGCAGAAACGUCAAUGGUAGAGGCAGAUAAGAGUAUGGAACUAUUCUUCGAUAUUAGGUCUUUAUUAGAAAAACAUAUUCCAAGAAUGUCGCCUAAAAUGUUGUUGGAUCCAGAAUUUUCAAGUGCAGUCAUAACAAAGGCGUCGUUGGAUAAUCCAUCCACGAAGUACACAAAUCUCUCGAUAUUUAACUAUGGUCUAGACAAUUUCCUAUCGACAUUCCACGAAUUUUUCCAAGCAUUCAUUACAGACUGUGCAUUCCUAUUAACGAAAAUAAAAAACGCUGAAGAAGAUUCACUGUUGUCGGGAGAAGAUCUCUACUUGGACGAUAUUUCCGCUAAAGCAGAUCUAGAAAGAUUUUUCAUAACAAUUUACUUCUUCUAUGCGUCAAGACCGGAGCUUUCUCAAUCAUUUUGGUCCGACAAGGAGUCGAACUUAUACGGUUUCAUUGAAUGGGCUGCUAAAUGUAAUGAUACGUUAAUGAGAUCAUGUUUCUACCUCAUGGUUUCAAGUCUAUCAUACGGGUAUUCUAAUUCUCAAAAUGUUUUCCACUACAUUGAACAUGGACAGUAUAUCUCUUGGCAAACUAUGGCUCAUAAUGUUUCAGAAACAACAGAGAAGAUCGCUCAACUUGAGAAGAAACUACAAGAUCUUCAGCAAAAUGGUGCAGCAUCUAGCGUAAUGAUGACAACUGCAGUGCAAAGUGGACUAAGUGAAGAAACAGUUAUUCUAUUGUCAUCAUAUUUCACGUUAAUUCAAUCGGUUGCUUAUGAAGUGGAUGAACAAACAAAACUGCAAAUUGCAGAUUGCUUUUACGACACAUUGUUCAAGUUCCUAAAAGUUAGAAGUCCUUUGAUUGGUGCAGCAUUCAAAGUAUUGAGUCAUUUGGUUCCUACCGAAGAGAGUCAAAGAUACAGAUACUGGACUAAACUAGAUCAAAUAAUUUUCAAAUCUUCGGCGCUGGACUCUACCGACAGCUCGUAUAUCUCAGCAUUCAAAUCAUUCUUAUCUAACGAGUCAGAGGUGUUGGGAUUCUUACAAUUAUUCUCCAAGUUGAUCUCCGUUGGAACAACAAACCAUAGCAAUGAAUACAUGAAAUUUGGAAAAAUGAGUUUCCCAGUAAACUUGGGAUAUGGAUAUAGAAAAACUGGUAUAUGGCCCUACUAUGAGUACAUUUUAGGAAAUACUUUCUUGGAAGAAUCCAAAAAACCUUUGAGUGAACUAGAAACUUCUAAAAACAUCCUAAUGCUUGAAAUAAUCAAGUCCUCUCUUUUGUCCUUUGAUUACAGUGUGAUCUUAAAUUCAGUUCUGGCAAGUUGUAAUUUGGACUCGUUAGUUCCUACACAAGAUUUCUAUUCCUUUGUCCAACAAUCGAACGCAACGGCAACAAUGAACUACCUUUACAAUGAAAAAGUGUUUUCGAAGCUAUUCGAACUUGCCUCGUUAGGUAUUGAUGAGCUUGAAGGAGAACUUGGCAGCAUAGUCAAACCAAAAUCGAUGAUAGUGAAAAACUCGCUUUACAUUAUUGAUAUCAUGUUAACCUAUGAAGGAACUUAUGCGGAAGAGUUUUACCCAAUAGUUAAAAAAUGUACCGACACAUCUGUUUUUUUGCCGAAGACUAUUAGUAUUAGAGGGUUACGUUCUUUUUACGAUGCUAUUUUCUUCCAUUUACCACUGACAGCUCAUUUCGGUUUGUACGUUGGAAGCACAUAUCCAAAUAUCUCUUCAAGCAGUAUUAGCAUCUUGGAAAAGCUUGCAACGAAAUUUAACACGGGGAAUUCAAAGGGUAUUCAUAAAAAUGUUUUGCUCACAGUGUUUGACUCAAUAGACGACUCAGCAAGAAUAAAGCAAAGUUUUAUUGAACAACUAACGUCUCCAAUUUCGAACGAGCAUUCUCUAGAACUUAAAAUCAAGAUGCUAAAUUUCCUCACUAAGAAUUUGUCUUACACGGAUCGUGUUGCCACUAUUUCUCAUUUCCUAUUAGGAUUUCAGAUAUCUAAUUCCAUCUCGCUUGGGCCGGAACUUGAUACUUUCAUUAACUCGAAGACAUCGCUCUUGCAUUGCAUCGUCAAUCUUUUGAUAGAGUCCCUAUCCUGUAUCAAUAAUUUAAACAUUGAGUACGCACCAAUAAGGCUCUGUGCUGAGUUCAUGGAAAUUAUCACCAAGCUAUGUCGUAAUCCACUAACAUCCAAAAUCACUUUAGAAUAUCUUGCUAAUCAAGAUUUGGAUAAAACCCUCCUCAGUUUAGAUCCAAAGGUUUCUGUUUUAACUCACUGGGAUGGAAGGCCUUACAAUGGAAAUUUUGAUGAAAUAGGGUCUGAAUUUAUAAACUCAACCUCCAUUGGGGCUCUUCUAUACUUUUUGAAGUAUAGAAGUUUGCUAAUGCAAUUUUUGAGUUUGAGUGUACACACUUAUCUUUACACUACUAAUAACUCAAAGAGUAAUGAGCUGAUUGAUGCCCUCGUUUCCAAUGCUAUACACUCAGCAACUAUUUUUUCGUUUUUGGAUACCCUAAAUCUCAAAAUGCACAGUCCUUCAAGUGACGCAUUAAAGAAGAUCACUUUAUUGGAAGGCCUUGACUUGAGUCUAGACAAAAUUGAAAAGUCAACCUCAUCCAGUGGCAUUAUUUAUAACUUUUCAAACCUUGAUUCUUUGAUAGAACUCAAAAAGAGGACACAAACUGUGCUUGCUAUAACAGCAGAGGCGAAAACAGAUCAUCAACAGUUGGAAGAAGUAGCAUCUCAAGAAGCGACGAUCAUCAAGCAGACAUCAGUAGCUUUCCUUUCAAAUCAAGAGCUCUCCACUCUGCAGCUCUCUGCUCUCCAUUCAUGGGUGCAGUUAGUCCAAAUUAUUGUUGUUGAUAGCAAGCUUUCAGCGGUCCAAAGAUCAAAUUUCAUCUUGGAAAUCUUUGAAUUCAUAAUUCCUAAGGUCAAUGACUAUCUAGAAUCGCGUCUUUCUUACUCUGAAGAAUUGGUUUCUCUCGCAGUAUUUUUAUAUGAAUUAUACCACAAUGAUAGGAUCGCCAUCGAUAAUGAAAGAACUCUUGACAGCAGAUUGCACACGCUAUUCAAGACAUGCAUACAUGGCAUAUCUACACCUUCGGCAACUUUGAGGUCGGACUUUUAUGUGCUUGGUACAAAGUAUUUGAAUUGUGUGCUUAAAGAUGAAAAUCGCUCAAAGGAGGUUCUUCAAUGGUUAAAGUUUUCGAAUGAAACAUUGGUAGAGACAGUGUGCAAUGAUGCAAUUAUGGGGGAAGGUUCUAAUAGAGUGACUGGUAUUCUUUUCUUGGAUGCUCUUAACCAAUUGGCAAGUUUCAACAAAGUGAACUUCGUCUUGGAGUCAUUAGUGAAAAGUAACAUGUUGCUCUUGAUAAUAAGAUCCAUCAAAAAUACUGAUGAAGUAUUAGAAACGCCAAAUGAGGCAGUAACUUCUUAUUCACUAUUAUAUGAACUAACUAUUUUCAAAUGUGUGGUACAUUUCUUAACAAAAAUUGCACAAACUAAAGCAGGAGCUCAUGCCUUGCUACAGAAGAAGAUAUUCCAAACGAUUGCGUCGUGUAACUUUUUAAACAUGGAUCCUGAUCUAGGAAUAGAAGUUUUAUUUGAAACAUUUUAUGGUAAGAAUUCUGGUAAAAUGCGUGCAAACUUAAACCUAGAUAAUCCUCUUCAUAUCACAUCGUAUGAGAAUGGUGUUUCGUUGUUUGAAAUUAUAAUCCCGAUCUUCCAACUCAUUGCCUCUAUUUUGCUAAGUUCUGGAGCAUCUAACAAAGCUGCCUUUUCUGAUGCACGCAAGUUGCUUUUCCAUUUCAAGCAAUUGAUCCAAGGUGCAUUAAAGAGGGAUGCUUUAUUGGAAAAAAAUGGUAUCGAAACAAAACCAGAAGGUUUAGAUGAAUUUGUUCGUUUAAUCAUUUUGGUUUGCACCUUAACUAACUAUUCAGGACAUCAAUAA